GGCCAUCGUAUCACGACUGAAGUCUCAAGUGUGGCGAUGGGCUUUGUGAUCGAGAUAGGAGCAGAAAUUGCUGAUGCAUCAUAUGUAAUGCGUUCGAUUCCCUCAUUUUCCUCUCCAAUGUUAAUUAGUCCUCUUCCCCCUAAACUGUCGAGUCCAUCAACUAAAGUGCAAAUCCUUUAACGUCUGUUCCCCAUCGAGCCAAUAUGCACUGCAAGAAGAUUGUUGUUUCUCUCGCAGCAGCGAGCACAGCUGCUGCCCAGCGACCAGAGGACACCCCCAUCUGCGACUACUACACCACCGCCCUGCUAAAGAACAACACUGCCGAGAACCAGUACACCCUGCUGACGCUGCUUGUCAAUACUGUCGUUAUCGGAAACUACACACAGCCCAAUGUGGGAGUUGUGGUUCCAGGCAUCCUGGCUGCGGGAAAGUACAAUGGCACCGACGUGAACCUUAUGCCGUACUUCAAUGGCGAGCUCAAGUCAUCCAACCGAGGCGGCAAGACCGGCGUCGCCGUCAACUUCCUCGACGGAGGUGGUGCAGCCCCUCUGCAGAAGAAUAUGCCGGCGGAUGACCCCAAGUCCAACCAAUACUUCCUCCUCACCCAUCUCUACCAAUUCUUCGGCGCCCUCCUGAGCUGCUCCGAAUACGGCAUGGGCGCCUUCCCCGAUUUUGGCGGCCACGCAUCCAUGUACGAGGUCCACAAGUUCAUGGACCUCGGCCCCUCCGAGCUCGGCUACUUCAUCGAACAAGUCGCCCUCGCCGCCUCCUCCUUCGGCGUCGCCGACUCGGACGUCGCCGUCGUCGGCAAGGCGCUCAGCGGCCUCUUCGGCAUGCGCUGCUCCCCGCCCGCCACCGCCAUCCCCGCACAGGGCCCCCAGCUGCAGGCUAUCUGCAUCGAGGAUACCUGCCCGCUGUCGCCCGAUGCCGUCUGCGCCAAGUACAUGCCGGCUGUUGAGCCGCAGCCGAACUCGACGGGGGCCGCAGGAGGCACAUUGAAUCACUCUGUGACGCCGACCGUGACCAUGAGCUCGCCCGCUACGACGACCAUGGGUCCGACUGCUGUCUCGCAGGCUGGCGCUGCCGCUACUGGGCUGGGCAUGGCUGCUAUUGCUGGUGGGUUUGCAAUGUUGAUGCUGUAGGGAUGGGGUCUGCAAUCGGGGAUGUUGAACCGAAUCUGGAGGAUUCGUAAUGGGGUGUAAUAAGGCAGUCUUGGUCGUUGUGUAUAUCUUUACUCGGGGGUUCCUAAGCUUUGGUAACGCGUCCUUCUGUUACAACCGUACUCGUUCUCUGGAACAUUACUUUUCCCCCCCUGGGUAAGAACACGAGUUUCCAGUCAAGCCAGGUCCAUUAAUUAGAUGUUUGUUAUUGGCUUCCCGGUUUCGUAAGCUGUCG